CAUAAUGGUUUCCGUGUUUAAAUUGAACUUGACCUCUGACCCCUGACCUCCUGCAUAAGCUUGGAGAUCGCAGCUUACUUGAUAACAUUUGAAAAGCAUGAAGAAUGGCUAACGACAUCCCCUAAAACAAGGCCGCAGAAUGGGUCGAUGAUACUGUACAAUAGGAAGAAGGUGAAGUACAGAAAGGAUGGCUACUGCUGGAAGAAGAGGAAAGAUGGGAAGACCACACGGGAGGAUCACAUGAAGUUGAAAGUGCAGGGAGUUGAGUGUCUGUAUGGCUGCUACGUCCACUCCUCCAUCAUCCCCACCUUCCACCGUAGGUGCUACUGGCUUCUCCAGAACCCUGAUAUUGUGCUCGUCCACUAUUUGAAUGUUCCAGCGAUCGAGGAUUGUGGGAAACCAUGUGGACCUAUCCUGUGUUCCAUCAAUACAGACAAGAAAGAGUGGGCCAAGUGGACCAAGGAGGAACUGAUCGGCCAGCUCAAACCCAUGUUUCAUGGCAUCAAGUGGACUUGCAGCAAUGGGAACAGCAGCUCUGGCUUCUCAGUGGAGCAGCUAGUGCAACAGAUUCUGGACAGCCACCAAACUAAGCCACCUCCCCGGACUCACAACUGCCUCUGCACGGGCACCCUGGGUGCAGGAAGCAGUGUGCACCACAAAUGCAACAGUGCCAAACACCGCAUUAUCUCCCCAAAAGUGGACCCCCGCUCAGGGGGAUACAGCAGUGCCCACUCAGAGGUACAGAACAACGAUGUGUCUGAGGGGAAGACAGAGCACAGUGCCCAUGGUGGAGGAAAAAGCUCUGGGGGAGGGACUGGAGGGGGUAGCACCAGGGAGAAACGCAAUGGCAAAGUCCACAAGCCUGUCCUGCUACACCAGAACAGCACAGAGGUGUCAUCUACAAACCAGGUUGAGGUCCCUGACACCACCCAGAACUCACCUGUCUCCAUCAGCAGCGGCCUCAACAGCGAUCCGGACAUGGCUGAUAGCCCUGUGGUGACAGGGAUGAGUCAUGUGGCCUCUGUCAUGUCUGGCCUGUCUCAGAGUGUCUUUAUGUCUGAGGUCCCUGGAGACCCUGUCUACAGCAUGUCUCCUACUGGGGGUCCAAAUACUCACCUCAUGGGUGCAGAUGCCACUUCACAGGGCCUGGUGCUGUCUGUGACCUCUGAUCGUCACAAAUUUGCUUUCCCCAGUGGAGGUGUAGGAGAACCUGGGACUACCACUGCAGGAGACAGUCUUUCCAUGUUGUCUACAGCUGGGGUGUCUGAGGAACUGGUGCUCUCCAGCAGUCUGGACUCGGGAACCAUCAAGAUCCCAGAAACUAAUAUGAACUUUGAUCCCGACUGCUUCCUGAACAACCCCAAACAAGGCCAGACCUAUGGAGGCAGCGCAAUGAAGACAGAGGGAAACUCCUCCACCUCGUCUUCCUCUGGUGGCAGUGCUAGCACCAAUGGCAGUCUACAACGCUCCCCCACCAUGUCAGAUAACACCUACACUUUCAACUCAGCUCUCGUAAAGAACAUCAAAACGGAAGAUACAUCAUUUGAACAGCAGCUGGCCAAGGAGAGUGGCUACCAGGUGGGGGCAGUAGUGAACUGUGGCAGUGGCGUAUCUGUGUCAUCUGGUGCUGGUUCAGGUCAGGGCAGCCUCAGUCUGACAGCCACGGGCUCCCUGCUUCCAUCUGGAGGUGGUUUGAGUCCCAGCACUACCUUGGAGCAAAUGGAUUUCAGUGCCAUAGAUGCCAAGCAAGACUAUACGUCCAGCACUACCACAGUGAGCUAUGGUCAAGCCAUGUCCAGUCCUCACAUGCAACAUCAGAAUCGUUCACCCAGCUUCUUCCUCCAGGAUGCAUCUCAGACCAGCCAGACUCAGCAGGGGAGGCCCAACAUAGGCCAGAAAACACAUUUGAUGGAGCACAACUCCCAUGACUCUGGAGCUUAUAUGGGGCUACAAGUUGUAAAAACAGACUCACCUGGCAGUAAUGGCCACCUUCAUCACCACCAUCAGACCCAUCAGACCCAGCACAGAACCAACUGCAAUGGAGGCUCACCCACAGAAGGGCCUGGCCAGGCUGGCUCCCUCCAGCUGCUACAAUACCAGGGGACCUUUCCUGGGCUGGGCACUGAGCAUGAGGAGGUGGUUGGUCUAGAGCAACCUGGGAGUGUGAAUUCAGCUCAGACUGGAGCCACCGAGAAUGGAGCUGAAAAUCUACUCAAAGCAGGUGAUCACAUCCAGGGAUGUGGGGCAGGAAAUGGAGAGAGAGGAGGAACAGAACGCUACCUACAGCAGGUUUCAGAUGGUGGCGGAGGAGGGACAGGAGGUGCGGGUGAAGGGGUAGCAGUUCAUAAUGGAAACAAUAACAGCGAUAGCAACAACCACCCCCAACAGCAACAGCAGCUGCAGCCUCUUCUCCAAGGCACUGGCAUGGUGCAGGGACUCUACAAUGCUGUAGGAACCCACCAGGGUCUGGGUGGAGGGGCCAGUAACGGAGGAGCAGGAGGGACAGGCAUGGAGAUAAGUCUGGAUCACUUUGACAUCUCUUUUGGAAACCAGUUUUCUGACCUCAUUAAUGACUUCAUCUCAGUGGAUGGUAGUGGAACAGCCAUGUCAGCUGGAGGGACCUUAUAUGCUCACCAGCUUGUCACAUCUCACAACUCAGAUAACCAGACCACAGCUGGUGGGCCCCCACAGCAGGGCCAGGAAGAUGGAGGAGCCAGGGGCUCUGGUUACAGCCCCUCGGAGCUCUGCCUCCAACCCUGCUGCAGCCCCCAGUCUUUAAGUGGAGGGGCCAGUGCAGGAGGAGGCACAGGAGAGACAGGCUCAUUGUCCUACAUGAAUGUAGCAGAGGUGGUUUCUGCAGCUGUAGCCCAGGGUGCUCUGGGGAUGCUCCAGGCCACAGGCCGUCUUUUCAUGGUCACUGACUACUCCCCUGAGUGGUCCUACCCUGAGGGUGGAGUUAAGGUGCUGAUCACUGGGCCAUGGCAAGAGGCCACCUCAAAUUACAGCUGUUUGUUUGACCAGAUCUCAGUUCCAGCUUCUCUUAUCCAGCCAGGGGUGCUGCGUUGUUACUGCCCAGCUCAUGAUACAGGUCUGGUGACACUACAGGUGGCUGUCAGUAACCAGAUCAUCUCCAAUUCAGUGGUGUUUGAGUAUAAGGCCCGCGCACUUCCUUCACUGCCAUCAUCUCAGCACGACUGGCUUUCUCUGGAUGAUAACCAGUUCAGAAUGUCUAUCCUGGAGCGCUUGGAGCAGAUGGAGAGGAGGAUGGCAGAGAUGGCCAGCCACCAGCAAACGAGCGGUGCAGGGAGUGGCGGAGCUGGGGGAGGAACCGGGGGAGGAGGGGGAGGAGGAGGUGGUGGUGGUGGAGGAGCUGGAGGUGGAGGCAACAAUAGCCAGUCACAGUGUGUAUCUGGCCAAACGCAAGCCAGCAGCUCCUUUGAGAGCCGUGUUGUGGUGGUCUGCGAGAAGAUGAUGAGCAGAGCUUGCUGGGCCAAGUCCAAGCAUUUAAUCCACUCCAAGACCUUCAGAGGCAUGACACUCCUUCAUCUGGCUGCAGGCCAGGGCUACGCCACCCUCAUCCAGACACUCAUCAAGUGGCGUACAAAGCAUGCUGAUAGUAUUGAUUUGGAGUUAGAAGUGGACCCUCUCAAUGUGGAUCACUUCUCGUGCACACCUCUGAUGUGGGCCUGUGCGCUGGGUCACCUGGAGGCAGCGGUGGUACUGUACAAAUGGGACAGACGUGCCCUAGCUAUCCCAGAUUCUCUAGGCCGCUUACCCCUGUCAAUUGCCCGCUCACGUGGCCAUACCAAAUUGGCAGAGUGUCUGGAGCAGUUACAGAGGGAAGAGCAGCAACCGCCAGCCCCUCUACCACCUACAACUCGCAUGUCUUUUUCCCCAGCCCCUGAUGCCCCCACCACAGACAGCUGGAUGGUCAGCUGGGCAAACACCAGUGUAGUAGCACCAAGUGGCAAGAAAGGAUGUCCUGCCACCACAACAACCACACCCAGCACUACCAGCCUCAAUCCAGACUUGAGAAGGCCAAGGUCAGAACCCUCCAACUACUACAGCAGCGAGGGCCAAAGAGACCUCCCACUAGCUAAAAAACAUAAACCCAACCCAGAACUGUUUCAAACUCGGCCUGACAAGGCCAUGUCUGUUCCUUUGAGCCUGGAGCAGCAACAGCUGCAUAAGCUGUCCUCGAGCACUAAGAGCCUGUCCUCAGAAGUCCUGAGCUCAGACAAAGGACUGUCUACUGGAGGCAGCACAGGGACAGCAAGAUGGACCUCCAGAGAGAGUUUCUCCAGCAGCAGCAACUUGGGAAGGAAGGCGCUGGGUGUCAGUGGAGGCAGCAGCUUGGGGAAGGAGAAACUGGCCAACCGGUUACGGCAGCGGGAACAGUUAGGGAUGCUAGUGAUGUCAGAAAGUGAAAUGGCUGAUUCAGAGCUGCUAUCAUAUCGGGAGGAUCUAGAGAACCAGGACUGCCUCACACAGAUGGAUGACCUGCAGGUAAAUAUGAUGACUCUGGCUGAGCACAUAAUUGAAGCAACACCAGAGAGAAUCAAAAGGGAGAACUUCACCGCUGCAGACUCUGUGCCCUUAGACACAUCAGGGGUCAGCAACACCAUGAACUGGCUGGCCAACUACCUGGGAGACGUAGAACAGUUGCCAAGCAUCAUACAUCUACGAUCUCUGUAUAAUGAACCCCUGACCCCAUCAUCUAACCCCAGUUUGAGCCCCGGAGGGUCUCCGUUGAGAGAGGGCCCCCUGGAAAGGUCAACACUUCCUUCCCCAGCUGACUGGAGUGAGUUCAUCAAUGCCUCCAACAGCAAAGUGGAGCGAGACCUGGCCCAGCUGACUCUGUCAGAUCCAGAGCAGAGAGAGCUAUAUGAGGCGGCCCGCCUAGUCCAAACUGCCUUCCGCAAGUACAAGGGGCGGCCGCUCAGAGAGCAACAAGAGGUAGCUGCUGCUGUUAUACAACGUUGUUACAAGAAGUACAAACAGCUAACAUGGAUAGCCUUGAAGUAUGCACUUUAUAAGAAGAUGACGCAGGCCGCCAUCCUUAUCCAGAGUAAAUUCCGCAGCUACCACGAACAGAAGAAGUUCCAGCAGAGCAAGAGGGCUGCCGUGCUCAUUCAGCAAUACUACCGCAGCUACAAGGAGUUUGGCAGGCUGAAGCCACACCACCGUGGGGCUGCUGCUGCUCUGGUGCAGCACAAACUAAGAAGUAGUCUGCUCACAAAGAGGCAGGAUCAGGCUGCCAGGAAGAUUAUGAGGUUCCUACGACGUUGUCGCCACAGCCCCUUGAUGGACCAUAGACUGUUCAAGCGGGGUGAAAGAAUUGAAAAGGGCCAGGGAACAUGAGACCCCUCAGAAGAGCUCCCUUGCGAUGUGACAUCACUCUCCUGACUCCUCUUUUCUUUUUUGUUUGUACCCGAGACAUUUUACAAGAGAAACUGAGAGAAAAAAAAAGAAACACCACCAAUGCAAGCACUGCAAUUAUUACUACUACUGCAGUGUUACUGGUUCAACUAUGAUUACAUGUACAACAGCAUUUUUUUCACAUAUCUAUUCUUUCCACUGACUUGAUUUUGGUUGGAGAGUGGCAACUUCUACAGGAUUAUAAACUAAAAGGGUAGGGGUGGGGGUGCAGAACAUUUGCUUCUUGGCAUUUUUUGCACUUUUUCAUGGAUUGCUUUGUCUUUUUUUGAAUAUGAAGAGGAUUUGGACAGUGAAGGAAGCAAACGCGGGACAAGAGGUGUAAACUGUGGCUGCUGCAGAAGAUCUCAGAGGACAGAGAGACCAUGCAGAAAUACUCUGAGCUCUAAUUGUAUUUCAUAAUUUUUUAAGUGACCAAUCAAUUCAUUUGAAGAAGGGAUUUUUUUUUACCAAAUAUAUUAAUAACCCACACGCCCACUUCUAUCCACUGCUGUAGAUUAAUAUUCAGCUUAGCUCAACAAUUCCUCCUGUCCCACUGUGCUCUACCCCACCAGUCUACCCACACAGGUGGAGCUACAAAUGAAUGUAGUUGGGGGUUUACCAUACUGAAGCAGAUGGGGGAUCAAACAUUUGUUUUAAGAUUUCUUUUUUAAAAAAAAACUAUGCUUUAUCAUAUAUAUAUUGUCACUUUAUUACUUGAAUUGUUCCAUAAUGUCCAAUGUAUUUCUUCCAUCAUGUCCAAUGUAUUGGUGAUCUGUAUCUUCAGGCUAUAUGUUGUUAAAUCCUACCAAGAAAAAAAUGCAUGACUUCUUGGCAAGAAAAGUCUUUGCUUGUGUGCUUUGGUCUAGUCUUUCAGCCUAUCCUCUGGUUUUGGUUUUGUUUCCACUCUAGUGGUCCACAUAUCUGUACUCUUCUCUAUGAAUUUCAACAUUUCAUUGAUGAAGCUAUCCCUGUAUUGUCCGAUUUCUUUGUAUUUCAUUUUGGUUUGCCUUGUUGGUUUGAUUGCUCCUUUGAAACCUACAAAGUGGAAAAAAAACCUGGCUUAUUUUGUGUUGUAAUGGUUAUGGUCAUGCAGGUUAUUACUGUUUUUUUGAAGUGAACUUCAGAGCCUGUGAAGGUUUUUGAGGGGAAGAUCACAUACAUUGCCUUGACGUCUUAGAGAUUCUUUGAGGGGUCCCUAAGCUUGUCCCAAAAUAGGGGUUUGACAAAUCCAUAUUUUUGACAAUUGAGCGAUUUCUGUAUAUAAAGAAGGCUGAAAGUACGUAGGGAUUAAAAAAAAAACAUGUACCCAAGGGGGAUUGUAUUUUAGAAAUAUAUUAUUUUAUUCAUUAAAAUGGGUCAAAAACAGGUAAGAGACAAAAACAGAAUAUUUGUAUAGUUUCGUUUGAAUGCCUAAGAAGUAUGGUUGUAUUGUUUGUAUAUAGUGUAAAUACCUGGGAUAAAAAUGAGCUAUGUGCAUGAAAAGUAUGAACAGAGUCAAAAGGGAAAAAAACAACAAAAGCAGUAGUGGCUAUGCUCUGUAAAAUUAAAACUAUUUCACUAUUAGAGUAUUUUAUUUUAUUUUGAUUGUUCUUGAGAAGAACAUUUUGCUAAAGCAUGAUAUUAUUGCAAUAUGAAAAAGUAAAAAAUACUGUAUUUAGUGUUAGGAGAAGUCUUCAAAAUUAUCUUAAAACAAGUAUGGUUGUGUUUAUUUUAUUUUAUUUUCAUUUCUUUCUUUUGGGCUACCAAGAACCUUUUGCCAAUGGUGCCAAGGUAUGUGAAUGCUAUAUAGCUUAAGAAGAAAAUUAAGUUAAUUUUUGCAGAACAGAUAAUCAUCCAGUGAAAUACACACUAGCACUGAAGAUCAUCACAUCAAAACUGGCAGAGGAUCGCAAAAACGUUAAGGUACACAGUUUGCAAAGAGAGUCAUAUUCGAGCUGAAAGCAUUUAAGUCUGUCACGCGUGCACCAUUUCUACAGAUAAAUAGAGCAUUUAUCAAUCAUCGAAUACACCGUAACAAACUUGAGUUACUUUUUUUGUUGUCAUUGCAAAUGGAAUGUGCUGAUUUCUCAUUGCUGAGGUAUUAUCUGAUCUUUAAGAUUGUAAAUGGCAGCCUUGCCCGUGGUGUACAUAUAAAACAAUUCACAUUAUUACUCUGUCCCUGAUAAAGAUGGGAGUAAACAUGCAAACUUCAAUUUACAGUGUGCUGCAUCGACCGACACUUGGAGAAUUCAUUGUUCCUCAUAGUCGAGUUGUGACGGCCAUUUCUCUGUACGGUGUUUCGGUUAAAAGCACUGGAUCAAGGCUGCCAGAGUCUAAAUAUAUAUGUUGUAUUCCAUGUCAAAAAAACGCGUUUAGUUAAAAACCACAUGUAGCAUUAUGUCCAUGACCACAUUUCUUUGCCAAGCAGCUGAAAACAAGUUUGCAAAAUGAACUGUGUCAGCAGUCAAAGGUGCUAAAAUGAUUCUAAACAGAAGGAUGGCACUGAAAGUAGUCACUGUCCUCACUACAGAGUCCAAACAACUGCAGAAACUAAAGUGCAAACCAGUGCACUAGUGCCAUUUGUAAUUAUGAAAGAUAAGAUGCAUUUUGUGCAUCGGGUUAUUUAUAAAAUGAUAGUAUAGCAGAGAAAAUGUAAUUGGGAUGGAGGAACAAUUUAAGAGAUAACAACAGUAAAGCUGCUGGUUCAGAGGUGCCUGUUGGCUGCUGUUUAAUCCCUAUUAUAUAUUACCACCAUAGUCUAUUCUGUAUCCAAGUAUUGAUACGUGAUUAUUCAGCCAAGUGCCACUGGAAAACUUGAGUUUUGUUUAGUGAACUGUUGUCAUGUUUGUUAAAUUAUAAUUAAGCCAAAUGUGUAUUUUUCCAAUUUAUUUACUUGAGUCACUGUUUUUUUAAUUGUUUGUUUUUCGCUGUUGUUUUUCCAGUCACCUGAGAUGUAAACUUAAUUUCCAGAGUGUUUAUGUAGGAAGUGCCUAUAUUCAUAUCCUAAAAACAGUAAUCCAGUUUCAGAAUACUUGCAUUGUAUCUGAGGUUGAUGUGAGAGAACACGGUCACCCACAGACAGUGCUGUAUCUUCUACAUAAAUACACACGAUCGCCACUGUUAUACCAUUCCACUCACCAAAGCCACAGUUAUAUGCCUGCACACAACACUAUUAAUACAGCACUCAAGCUUGUCGACAUGCUAGCUUUUUUCUUUGUUUGUUUUUGCCUUCUUUUCCAUUUUUUGCUGGAACAGCUUGUUAAAAACCACAUUUAGAAAUGCCACUACUGGAGUUUGUUGCCUUGCAUUCAUCCUCUAGUAUGUGGUUAGAAUGCAUAGCCAAUGCAAUGUUGCGGCAAAAAGGAGAAGGAUUUAUUAUGCUUGCAUGGGUAAAAUAGUUAACUGGGUGACAGAAGUGCACCUAAAGCAUGCUUAUUUUCCUAGAAUCGGUAGUCAGAUAGACUUGUUAAAGGACUUACUGUUCUGUAAAGCAAUGAACAUUGGUUUGAGGUGUCACAGAACUCAGAAAGACAGAGGGCACGUGACUGAAGGGCAAACCUACUAAUUGAGCCAGUGAUCAAUACUCAGUAGCUACUGAUGAUUUCAUGGCAAAGCAUGAGGAUGGGAUUGUUUUUAGACAAGCUCUAACUUUUUAGAUGGUUUCUUUUGUUUUUGUUUUUUAAAAUCCUUUUUAAUCAGUAGACUCCCAACUUCAAAUAAGACAAAAGGACAAGGGUAGAGACAUUGUGACAGUAUAUAUAGCAACUAAAUGACACACGGUACACACAAACACACGCACAAGACACUGCACAGCACACAUGCAGACAUGUCAGGUGUCAAUUUCACUUGUACAUUGAGUGGUGAAGGCAGCAUUUUUUUUUUUUUUUACCCAGACUGAGGGACUGGUUCACCUCCCUUCUGUAUUUUACUCAGGGUGCCAAAACGGGGAGGAGGAAACAGAGCAGGACAUGUGAUUCACAGCAAGAGAAGCUGAAAUUCAAAACCCCUUCUAGCAGACAAACAGGUUCAACAGUGCAAGAGUGAGAUCUUUAACACGGCUUGCUGUAGUGUAUGAACAAUUUCCUCAAAAUAACCUCAGUACACACAGUACUAGAGCCCUGAAAUGAUGGUUCUUUAUGUAUAUGUCUUUAAGAUAAAUGAUUUGACACUUUUUCGUAGAAAGCUGUCAUAUUAUUGUGUAACUUUGGCCACUUCUUUAGGCCUUUAUAAUUCAUUUAGGUGACAGUGUAGAGGGUAUUUAUGAUUAAGAGUGUAGCUGUAUGAAAAGCUUAAAUCUUGUUUUUACUGCCAUUUGUGAAUGGGACGGCAGGUUAGCUGACAGUAUUACCAAUUUCGAGAUGUUCUGUGAAUUGACCUGAGAAUCUGCCUUUCCUCCUCUUCUUUUUCCGAAGCACCCCAACCAGAGAAAGGUAGGCACAUCAGGACAACAGAACACAAACAGAUUUACAGUAUAUUCCACUUGUUGACACAGAGCAAUAAAGAACUAUUUUGUGGAGACCUUAUAGACCUAGCAAAGUUUAAAAUGAUUGGACACAUGUAGUCGACUUACUCUUAUGCAAAUGCCAGUAUUGCAAGACAAGCAUUCAGUAGUUUAUGGACAGCAAUUAUAUGGCACCCUUUACCGAACUGCACGUUUUCAUCAAUUCCAAACUGAGAAGAAAAAAAAAGGCCCUGCUUUGAUAGAAAGUCAUGGGUCCUCGACACUUUGCAUGUGAACUAGUGUUAGAUCUAUUUUCCUCUCCUCUAUAGCUGUCUUUCUCUCUGUCUUUCCCUGUUAUGUGACCCAAUUUUUCUCCGCUCCCAACCCCUACCUUUAAAAGUUUCAUGUCCUCUUCGUUCUCCUAAUGUGUUUUGCUUUCCUCCUUUUUCUCCCCUUCUCUUGUUUGUAAGUUUUAUUUUUGUAAUUGUGCAUGUACAAGCGUCACUGACUCGAUGGAUAUGUUUAAAAAAAAAGAAAAAAAAAGAGAUUUCAGCUGCUGAAGCCAUGCAAAACGUUUUGAAUUGCCCUUAAAAUAUGGAAGAUGUUUUCUGAAUGCUUUAUAUUCUUUCUGCUGUAAAAUAAUAAAAAAAGGAAAAAAUGAAGAAAACU